AUGGGAGUACAUCACAAGCUCUCCGCUGAACAGCCUUCGACUUCGGAAUUUCAACCAACGUCAACAAUCGUAGAUAUACACACUCACACCUACCCACCAUCAUACAUCGACCUUCUAGCAUCCAGAGAUACAGUACCAUAUAUCCAUCGACCAUCAGAUGGGUCUGACCCACGCCUCAUCAUCCUGUCGUCUGAUGACGACCCUUCCAAACCUGUAGAGAAACGUGGCCGGCCCGUGGACGUAUCAUAUUCCUCGUGGGACGAGAAGCUCAAGUUUAUGAGGCAGCAUAACAUUUCAACAUCAGUGGUCUCGCUAGCAAAUCCAUGGCUGGAUUUCCUCCCGUCACAUACAGCUCUAGGAACGGCACAACAGAUCAAUAACGAGCUUAACACAGCAUGCGAGAGUCAGAAUGCAAAGCAAGAUUCGACGCAACGCUUGUAUGCAUUUGCAUCCCUUCCACUCUCUGCCAAGCCAGAUGAAAUUGUCUCGGAGAUUCAGCGUCUUAGCUCUCUCAAGUAUAUCAAAGGUAUUAUCUUAGGCACGUCGGGCCUUGGCUCCGGCCUUGAUGAUCCAGCCAUGGAUCCGUUAUGGUCAGCUCUCGAAGAAACGUCGAUCAUGAUCUUCCUGCAUCCUCAUUAUGGCCUGCCCGAUGCCGCGUUUGGCGGUCCGGAUGUCAUCGGACGCUCAGGACAUGUUCUGCCUCUUGCUCUAGGAUUUCCACUAGAGACCACAAUAGCAGUGACCCGCAUGUAUCUCUCAGGCGUCUUCGACAAUUUUCCCAAACUCAUGAUGCUGCUUGCACAUAGUGGUGGUGCGCUUCCAUUCCUCGCAGGUCGGAUACAGAGCUGUGUCGAGCAUGAACGCGAGUUCGUGGCGAACGGAGGCAGCAAGCAGGGACCGAAGAGGGAUGUGUGGGAUGUGCUGAGGACGAACAUCUGGCUUGAUGCUGUGAUAUACGGCAAAGCUGGGCUAAAAGGGGCGAUUGAAGCUGCGGGACCGAAUGGAAUCGAUAGGUUGAUGUUCGGAACUGAUCAUCCUUUCUUUCCGCCGUUGAGGGAGGAAGUGGAUGGUAAGUGGACGAGUGUGCAGAGCAAUCUGGCCGCCAUUGGUGGCAUUGGUGUUAGUCAGGAAUCUGUACAGAAGAUUCUCAGUAGAAAUGCUGCGAGAGUUUUGAACCUUGAGCUGUGA